CUCAAUUCUAGUUACAAAAAAAUCGGUUAAAAACAACACAAAGAGACAAAAAGUAUAUUUUAUUAAUUAAACCAUGAUUAAGCCUUGUGUACGGUGUAAGAAUCAACGGGGAGACAAUGAAUUGAGAGAUAUUCGUGGAAAUGAACAAAUUGAAGGACAAAUCAUCGCAAAUUUCCCAGAAGUUCUUGAAAUAGAUGAAAAUAAUCCAAUUGAGGUGUGUGUCAACUGCUUGAGAGAAUUAAAUGAGUUAAAUAAUAAUCCUGAGCCAAUCAUAAGCAAGUCUCAAAAUAGAUCCAGAAACGUGUCAGCAACAAGUGAUUCAGUAAACCUAGCUGUUGAAAGUGAGAGCAUCCAAAAUAUUUCAACAGCACCAUUAACUUCAUCAGUAACAGGAAAGGUCGAUAUUCCUCCAUCUAUAGAUCUUGAUAAGCUUAAACAGCCGGGAGAAAUUGAGAAGUUAAUUCCAAACGAUCGAAACAUCCAGCAAAAUGUGAGACGAUUGUUAUCACAAGCAAUGCCAGCUGGAGCAAAGAAACGAAAGCUCCAAGAAAUGCUAGAAAAUGGACCUAUUGAAAAUGUCGAGAGUUCUCGACAGAGAAGUAUUUCAAAUUCACAGUCAAGGACUGCUAUCGAGCAACGAAAUGGACAUGAUUUUGCACAGGAAAUGUUUAGAAAUCUUGCAAAUCGAUCGACAAGAAUCAAUAGGACAUACAGGAACGAUACAUCACAUUCAUCAAAUGAUUCUCAAAACAGUUUAACUCCUUUCAACGCCGUACCUGAAGUAAUCCGAAAUUUGAGUUCGCAAGCUGUUGUCAAUCCAUCUCAAGAAGUCACUCUGCCUCCUCAAACUCCAAUAAUAAGCAACAGGACACAACCAUCUCAGCCUCAACAAUCUCGAUCUCAAGCAGUUUUUUAUGAGCAUGAUUCAUCAUCGGAAGGUAAUCGUUCAAGCGAUAGUGAGCCAAGACGACGAGGCUCAAAAAGAAUUGCAUCCAGAAAUCCGAGUGUGGCCAGUAGCGAUAGUCAACCAGCACGGAAAAGUAGAGAUGAGGCCGCACGAAAAAGUAGAGAUGAACAAGCAGCACGGAUAAAUUCUGACAGACCAGGAAUAAGACAAAGAAAUGAUGGAAAUGACCACUCAAAUUUAGCGGCACCAAGACGAAUUAAUGUAGAUAUUCCAUCAGCAACACGUGUUCAACAUUCUAGAAAAAAUAUGAAUGGAGGAUAGCUCCUUACUGCUUAAUAUUGCUGUUAUUGGGUUCUUAGUACUGGAAAUUUUGGUGGUGGUUUAUUUAUGUAGAGCCCAAAUGCUUGUUAUUUCUCAUUUUAAUUUUAAGCUACUUUAAUGGAAAGUUAGUGCUUAAUUAUGCCAAAAUAGCUGAAUAAAGAAAGGAACCGAAAAUGUGUUAAGCUUAAAAUUCAAAUUUUGUAACGCCUUUUUGAAAUUCAAAUUUCUAUCGGU